GCUGUCAGAAACUCAGUCGCUCCUGUCUAAACUACCACACUGAGUUUGGGAUCAGCACCAGCAGCAGCAGCAGCAAUCAUGCCGAGGCGAUCGACCCAGGAGUGGAUCCGCUUAUCCCUGCGCACCCCGGGCAUCCUGAUCUUCGGGAUGGUUUUGUCCCCCUGUGGCUGGAUCCUGAACCUCACCGCCACCGUGGCCCCGAACUGGAGGACCCUCCACAACCUCCCCGCCACCCCGUCGAGCGAUUUCAUCCAGCAGGGCAUCUUUCAGAUCUGCAGAGCCACCACGGUCGACACGAGAGAUGACUGCAGCCUGCAGGACACCGCGUACUUCAACAACCAGGUCAUCGAGCCAGCCCAGGGUCUGAUGGUGGCCUCUCUCAUCGUGACGUUAAUUGGGCUGGCUGUGGCCAUCCCGGGGGUGCGAUGCUGGACUGAGAGGCCGAACUGGUUGAUUGCAGGUUUGGGAGGAAUCCUGAUCUUCCUCUCUGGCGUCAUGACCAUCAUACCCAUCGCCUGGUACACCCACAUCCUGGAUGAAAUCACAUCUGUGACUCCUCUCACAGAUGUGCGCGUCGGCUACUGCAUCAUCCUGGGCUACAUCGGCGGGAUAUUUGAGAUCCUGGCCGGCUUCGUCAUGUUCAUUGGUAUCUGCCGCUGCUGCGGAGGGAAGAACCGAGGAGAGAGGCGGCUGGAGGACGUCGCCGCCGCCCGGUACAACCACCAGAAGCAGCCGCAGCCGAGACGCCUCGACGUGCCGAGCCUGAACCGAGCCAGGAGCGCCGCCAGCAGCAGCGUGCCGUACUCUAAGGAUUCAAUGGAUGAAGAUGUGUCCUUCCCAAGGGCCAAGACUCCUACUCCUACACCCCGGUCAGUGAACACCUCCUACGGCGGCAGACCCUAUGAUGCUGACCUAUGAGAAGAUGCUCCACAUCUGGAUCUCCAUGGAGACAGAUAAGGAUCUCCAUGGAGACAGAAGAGGAAGACGACUUAAAGACUGGACAUGACUAUUUGCAAAAAGGAACUGAGAAAUAUUCUAUAGGAAGAAUCAAUGGUAAUUACUCAAUAAUUUAUAACAAUACAAAUCUAGCCCAAUUUAGUCCAUAAUAUUCUGGAGUAUUAUAGCAAUAACAUAGGACAUAUACUAAUAUCAUAAAGUUGAAUUUUUU